UCUGCUGCUUCCCAGUGAUCAGUUGGGAUGAUACUGUUCCACUGUUCGAACAGAAUCCGCAUUGUUCCUCCUGAAUCCGAGGUUCGACAAUUGGUCGGAGCCUCCUUUCCAGCCCCCAGUAGUAAACUUUUCUAGGGAGGCUGAACAGUGUGAUACUGAGUGUAAUCUAAAAAAAUGGGAACCACCACCAUGGUCUGCCACUCUACAGGCACUGUGCCCGACCUCCAUGUGACACUGAAAAGGUGUGUUAGCCAAUACAAUAUCCAGGGCCUUCAGCAUCUCAGGGCGAAUCUCAUCCACACGUGGCACCUUGCUGUUGUGAAGCUUCUUGACUACCUCAGUGACUUCUGCAGGAUAUGGAUAAGGCUUACCACAAAUCUUCAGAAUCUGCCUCCUCCACAGAAGACAUAUUGACCAGGUUCAGAAGUUCCUCGGAGUGCUCUUUCCGCCACUUGACAAUAUCCCUAGUUCGGGUCAGCAGUUUUCCUCCCCUGCUGAACACAGCCUGAGACAAGCCCUGUUUUCCCUUCCUGAGGCGUCUCACCGUUUGCCAGAACUUCAUGAGGCCAACUAAGAGUCAUUCUCUAUAGUCUAACUGAACUACAUCCAGGUUUUCGCUUUGACGACUGCCACACCUGUAGCCCCUCUGGCCAGCUGAUACCCUUCCAUUGUUUCAGGAGACCCCUAGGCCAACCAAGCCCAAAAGGCCUCCUUCUUCAGGCUGACGGCCUGGGUUCUUAAGUUGCGGCCAUGACAGACACCAGUGACCUCCUGACCACAACUCUUGGCAGCCACCUUUACAAUGGAGGCUUUGAACAUGGACCACUUGGAUUCCAGGUCCCCAACCUCCCUGGGAUGCACGGAAAUCUCUGUCUGAGGCACAUACUGAGGUCAGCUGGUCUUUUGGAAGAGAGUGAGUGCAUUCAGGAUACCAACACCACUCCUGGAAUGAUGGCUGCUCUCGCCAAGGCAUGGGAGCUCUACGGCCAACAGAAGGCAGUAAUCCUGUUUCUGGUUGAGGAUGUCCAGACUUCCAAACUUGAUCAUCGUUACAUUGAGAAAGAGCUCUGGAACAGGUCGGGGCAAUGGGCUCAAGAGAUCAAGGAAACCACAUUACUUAAACAGAAACUUUAUAGACUUUCUUUUUUGAAGAAGAUGAUUCUCUUUCUGUGCAGGAAUAUUCCAGUUAUCCGCAGAAAGUUUGAGGAGGUGUCCAGAGGAGGAUCUCUUGAUGGCAACAAAAACUUCUUUAUAGAUGGGCUGGAGGUAGCUGUAGUGUACUACCGCUAUGGCUACAUGCCAGAUAACUACACUGAACAGAGUUGGGAUACUCGUCUUUUGGUGGAGCGCUCUCUGGCUGUGAAAUGUCCAGAUAUCAGCACUCACCUGGCUGGAACCAAGAAGGUCCAGCAGGCGCUCGCCAGACCUGGCGUUCUGGAGAAGUUCUUCCCAGACCAGCCCCAAGUAGUGGAGCAGAUCAGAGCAACGUUCGCUGGCCUCUAUACUCUAGACAUGGGUGCAGAGGGUGACCAGACAGUGGCCAUGGCUUUGGCCAAUCCAGAUGAGUUUGUCCUGAAGCCUCAGAGAGAAGGAGGAGGGAACAAUUAUUUUGGAGAAGAGAUUGUCAGAGUACUACAGGAGGUUAAAGGUGACAAAAGGAGAGCUGCUUAUAUUCUGAUGGACAGAAUCCGACCCAGAACAGAACGAAACAUCCUGCUGAGGAGAGGACUUCCUCUCAAACUCUCCACUGUUUGUAGUGAAAUAGGAGUUUAUGGAGCCUAUGUGAGGCAUGAAGGAGAAAUGGUCCUCAAUGAGGCUGCUGGUCACAUUUUGAGGACAAAGAGCACUGAGCACAGUGAUGCAGGCAUUUACAGUGGGGUUACUGUGCUUGACAGUGCAUUUGUCAUCUGAACUCUCCUCCUGAUAUCUAUGGAGGCCCUGAUCUAUUUCAUGUCUGUUUGCAUGUGUUUUCUUAGUUGCAGUGCAUUGAGCUCUCAGGGCCACUGUAGAGCACCAACCUGAAACAGGAAGUCAAUAUUUUUCACCAAAAUGCAGCUUGCAGUUCCACAGGCUGAACACUGGGUGGCAGUAAAACCAAAGGCAUGUUUCUCAAAUAUAGUUAAAAACACCAGCAGAUUUAAAAACUGGCUUCAGAAACUAAUUCCCAGUGUAGAGAAAUGGAGGGAACUAAUGGAAGAAGUAAAAGAAAUGGAGUAGUUAACAUAUAUCAUUAGAGGAAAUCCAGGAAUGGGACGCAUACUGUGGACUAAAUGGGAGAGCUACACAAAAAGUAGGGGAGAAAUGACAUAACAUUAAGAUCUUGCACCUCAGCUUAAUAUUAAAAAAACAACAAUUUAACCAGACAUCCAGACCGCCAAUAGAUUGUUAUGGUUAUAGAUUGUUAAAGUCAACAACCAACCUUUCUUAAUUAUCAUUUUAAAUACCAAUAUUUAGGUAUUUUUUUGUUUAUGAUAUGUUUACCUCCUUCCAGCUAUACGAUAUUCAGGAAAGUUAAUUCAACAUUUAUCGUGUAUUACUGUAUGUGUCUUCAGAAAUGAGUUGGAUUAUAUGAACUUCAGUGUAAAAGUGGAUGAUUGUUGUAAUGAUGUGGGGUGAGAAGAGCAGGGGAUGGAGGGUACAUAAAUUUUGUGUAUUUAGUAUUCUUAUCCUUUAUUAUUUUUGAUAGUCUCAAGGGUAGAUUCUUUGUUUGAUUGUUUUUUUGUUUUUUGGGGGUUUUUUUGUGUGUGUGUAUUGAUUGACGCUGCUGUUUUAUUUUUCCUGGCG